CAGAAAACGAAACUCAGGGAUGAUGACGAUCGAAUACUUUUGAGGUCGACACCGACAACGACGACUAAGAGCAAUACCUAACCUGUACCGCGUACGUCGACAACCAGAAUUCCAAAAGAAUAAGGGGAAGUCGAAGAAGAUCUCCUUCAACGAUGUCCAGAUACCCGGAGGAUCCGGAGUCCCAGCGCAACCAUUAUAAUGACGCUUAUUUACCCAAUCAAGCUCACAGUAGUUACUUUUCAGGUGGAUUUCAACAUGGUCCUGGCUCACCACCACCACCACCACCACAACCACCGCUUCACCAAUUCAACGCAGCAUAUCCACCGCCAGGGCAGCCCAUAGGUUCACCGCCUCCAGGCGGUCAUAGUCCUUAUGACCACUACGAGCCGUAUUCUACCGUACCACCACCACCACCACCUCUUGCGGUGGAUGCAAGGGAUUCGUAUCUGCCACAAGACCCCUUUGCAACACCCUAUCAACAUUCAGCCCAACCCCCGCUCUCUACGCACCAGACGUACGAGUUGCACGAUGAUGGACCUGCCCCAGUCGGCCACGCAGAUUCUGGUGAUCUUGAUAUGCCGUUGUUGCAAAGAAAUACCAGUGGUACCAAUCGCCUGAAUCUGCCAGCUCCUGGCGCGGCCAAUACGGACAGUUGGUACGAUGUGGGACAGGAGAAUUUGAGUAUGCCAAUGCCAGGCGAUUAUGGGGGUGAUGAGUCGAAAUAUAUUCGGUACGGGCGUAUACCUCAACGUGUCCCCAGAAGAUACAAGACCGUCAAGAAAGUCGAGUUGUUCCAUGGAAACUUCGUGUUGGACAAUCCUGUUCCCACAAAGCUGCUCGAUCUCUUCCCGCCAUCAGUGCAUAGUGAUAGGGAAUUUACGCAUAUGAGAUACUCUGCAGCGACAUGCGACCCCAAUGAUUUUAAAGAUUCCGGGUUCACUCUACGACAGGUCCAUUAUGACCCACCGAGGCGAACUGAACUAUUUAUCGUGAUGACCAUGUAUAAUGAAGACGAGGAGUUAUUUUGUCGGACGAUGCACGGUGUCAUGAAAAACAUUGCUCAUCUUUGUAAACGUGAUCGCUCCAAGACAUGGGGAAAAGAGGGUUGGAAGAAAGUCGUGGUCUGCAUAGUCUCGGACGGAAGGUCCAAGAUCAAUUCUAGAACACUUUCCGUCAUAGCUGCGAUGGGUGCUUAUCAGGACGGAGUUGCUAAGAACGUCGUGAAUGGAAAGCCGGUGACUGCACAUAUCUAUGAGUAUACAACGCAAAUCUCCGUAACCCCCAGCUUGAAGAUCGAAGGUCCAGAGAAGGGGCAUAUGCCUGUACAGAUUAUAUUCUGUUUGAAGGAGAAGAAUCAGAAGAAGAUCAACAGCCAUCGAUGGUUCUUUAAUGCUUUUGGACCCAUCUUGAACCCGAACGUUUGCGUUCUCUUGGAUGUUGGUACUAUGCCGGGCGGGACGAGUAUCUAUCAUUUGUGGAAGGCUUUUGACAUCAACUCAAACGUCGGUGGUGCCUGCGGAGAGAUUGUCGCUCUCAAGGGUAAAUGGGGCCUCAAUCUCAUCAACCCACUGGUGGCUGCUCAGAAUUUCGAGUACAAGAUGAGCAACAUCCUCGAUAAACCCCUAGAAUCCGUGUUCGGGUACAUCAGCGUCUUGCCUGGUGCUUUCUCUGCCUAUCGGUACAUCGCUCUACAGAACGAUAGUAAAGGCGAAGGACCACUACAAAAGUACUUUUUGGGAGAGAAGAUGCAUGGUGCCGGGGCUGAUAUCUUUACAGCUAAUAUGUAUCUAGCCGAAGAUCGUAUUCUUUGUUGGGAGCUGGUCUCGAAACGAGGUGGAGCGUGGAUAUUGCAUUAUGUGAAAAGUGCGUAUGCUGUUACAGAUGUUCCUGAUCAGGUCCCAGAAUUGAUCUCCCAACGUCGGCGAUGGCUCAACGGAUCCUUCUUCGCUGCUGUUCACUCAACUUUCCACUUCUAUUACAUCUAUCGAAGUGCGCAUAGUUUCCUUCGGAAGUUCUGGAUACACGUGGAGAUGUUGUACCAGUUUUUCAACUUGGUAUUUAGUUGGUUUUCAUUGGCCAAUUACUAUAUUGCGUUCGUCAUUCUCUCGAGAUCUAUGGAGGAUCCGACCUUCAAUCUCAAGGGAAUAAAUAUUGUUAAUAUUAUCUUGAAUUACUUUUAUUUGGGCCUCCUCGUCACGUGUUUCCUUCUUGCCCUAGGUAAUCGGCCGCAAGGUUCGAAGUGGGGAUAUACCGCUGCAUUUAUAGGGUUUGGGGUUAUCACGAUAUAUAUGACUAUCUCGGCAUUCCUUCUAGCAUUCAAAGGCAUCGAACAACUAGCGAAAGAAAAGGGUGGGCCGUUAUCAGCCGGCGACAUCUUCACCAAUACGAUCUUCCGAAAUAUCGUUCUAUCGUUGGCUGCUACGCUCGGGUUGUAUGUCGUCGCAAGUAUAAUCUUCUUCGAACCAUGGCACAUGAUAACCUCCUUCAUCCAAUAUCUCCUCAUGGCCCCAUCCUACAUCGGCGUUCUAAACGUGUACGCGUUCGCCAACGUCCAUGACGUCUCUUGGGGAACUAAAGGCGACAAUAAGGUUUCUACUGACCUGGGCGUCGUUCAAGUUUCUAGUGGGAACAAGAACGAAGUAGAGGUGGCCAUACCUACGGAAAAUAAGGAUAUUAAUGCAGGGUAUGAAGAUGCGUUGCAUGUAUUGAGGACGAAACCGCCCAAGGAAGAGAAGAAGAAGGAAGGGGAUCAGGAGGAUUAUUAUAGGAGUUUUAGGACGAACGUACUCCUCGCAUGGACUUUAUCGAACGCUCUACUUGGUGCAGCGAUCGUUCAAGCGAACGGGAAGCCUGAUCAAGGUGCUCAGAAUUCGGUGAAGGGGUAUAUGGCGUUUUUAUUAUUCAGCGUUGCUGGGUUAGCAUUCGUGCGCUUCGUCGGAUCGACAAUAUAUAUGGUCGUGCGGUUGUUUGCGGGAGAGUAGAUGUGCCGUGAUUUAGUUUCGGAACAUGGACAACUUCUCGUAUCUUUUUGUCGGACGCUCUGUAAUUCCUCUGGUUGCUGCAUCACGAUUAACAAACCCCACAUGUCCUUUUUGUCAUCUUUCGAUACCUAUUUACGUCUACCGCAACGUUAUUUAUCAAUUAUCAAGUCUUAUUUCUACCUACAC